AUGAGAUUCACUCCCAUUUUAAGACAGAUUCCAAAAUUGAAAUUAAGUGAGGUAUUGGUUAAAGCUGGAGAUGGCGUACCUACUGGUUUAGCAGGUAUUUACAAACACCCUGAUCCAAGACCUGCUUUGGUUACUUUGUACAAUGAGACUUUGAAAACAUUAAAAGAGAAUUUUCCUGCUGACUCAGUUUAUAGACAGUCUACAGAAGCAUUAACUCAAAACAGAUUGAAGAUUGUGGAAAAGGAAGAGAUAGUCGAGAACAUAGAGAACCAAAUUGGUGGUGGUUUAAUUGAAGAAAUUGUUAUUCAAGCAGCUGAUGAGUUAAGUUUGGCAUCACAAUUGGGCGGGUUAAAAGUUUGGGAAGAGUUAGAAGAAAAGCCAUUAGAUGACCAAUGGGUUUACUUUGGCAAAAAAAUUUAA